AUGCAAUGCUUGGAUAAGUUUCUUUUUCAAAGCAUAUCUGCGAAAUACAAAACAUAUCACUCCAAAAAUGGAGCAAUCACGAAAGAUAUCACUUCGAAAAUGUUCGAUAAAGAAUCUGGCUACGAGAUUAAGGAGUGUAAAUUGAGGGUUGUCUAUGUUGCUCCUCCUCAAUCACGAUUUUCAAUUAGAGAAGGUUCCGAUAAAGAUUCAAAUGUUUCGAAUGAGCAUGUUGAACAACUUGAUACUUUAUUUGAGGUUAAGACUACAAAUCCAAAGAGGUAUUGUGUCAAGCCUAAUCAUGGAGUUGUGUUGCCAAGAUCUACUUGUGAUGUUAUAGUUAUCAUGCAAGCUCAAAAGGAAACACCUUCUGACAUGCAAUGCGAAGAUAAAUUUCUAAUUCAAAACGUAGUUGCAAAGAUGGGGACAACCAGAAAAGAUAUCACUUCAGAAAUGUUUGAUAAAAAGCCAGGCUCUAAGGUUGAAGAGUGCAAACUAAGUGUUAUUUAUGUUGAACCUUCUCAACCAUCAUUCACAAUUCAAGAAGAAUCUGACGAAUAUUUUUCUUCUCGCUCAUCUAUCUUUUCUGAUCAGACAAAUGCAGUUAUUUCAAAAUUAACUAAGGAGAGGGAUAAUGCUCUUGAGCAAAAUAAAAGGCUUGAGCAAGAACUGGUAUGA